AUGGCUGGAUCUGGAAGUUCUGAGGUACGAACUCCGAUCUUUUCCGGUGAGAACUACGAGUUCUGGAGGAUCAAGAUGGUGACAAUCUUCAAAUCUCUUGGGCUGUGGGGUCUGGUAGAAAAGGGGAUUCCAGUCUCUGAUUCGAAGAUGAAGACCAAGAAAGUUGAAGAAUCAUCGGAGGAAGAAGCUGAAGCAGAGAUGUGUGCUGUGCUCAUGAAGGAUGCAAAGGCACUGGGCAUCAUACAAAACGCUGUCUCUGACCAGAUCUUCCCUUGGAUUGCAAAUGCCGAUUCAGCAAAAAUGGCUUGGACUCUGCUCUACAUUGAAUAUCAUGGAGGUGAUCAGGUUAGAUCUGUAAAACUUCAGAAUCUUAGACGAGAAUUUGAGUAUAUGAGGAUGCGUGAAGGUGAACAACUUACUGCAUAUCUUACUCGAUUAAAUGAAUUGAUAAAUCAAAUGAAAACAUUUGGAGAGGUGUUAUCAAAUGAGAGGCUGGUUCAAAAGGUGUUAAUCAGUCUUAGUAGAGUUUAUGAUCCCAUCUGUUUGGUGAUUGAAAAUACAAAGAGUUUGGAGACCAUUGAAUUGCAGGAGGGGCAGAACAAGAAUAAUGCUCAGUCUGGUUCUGCCAAGUCUCAGAAGAGUUGGAAGCCUAACAACAAACCAUGGGAGUUUAGACAGAAGCCACAGCAAACUGGCGCUGGACAGACUUCAAAUGGAUCACAUUCUGUGCAGCAAGAUGGGGUGAAGCCUCAAUGCAAAGUCUGCUCUAAAUUUCACUAUGGAGAAUGCAGAUAUAAGGGUCAAUCCAAGUGCUAUAAGUGUGAUAGAUUUGGACAUUGGGCCAGAGACUGCACUGCAAACAAAGGAGGACAAAAAGCAAAUAAUGCAAGCCAAGUAGAAAAAAGGGUGAAAAUGGAGAAUGAUAUGUAG